AUGCCCGUUUACCGCACCUGCGGAAGAAUCAUCGCAAGUGCGGCUCCGCAGAUGCGGAGAUCCAAUCGCAGAAGCAAAUUGCUAGCUGAAACUCUGUUACCGCAGAUGCGGUUCACCAGGCGCAGAUGCGCCACCAUAGAAGCGGUAAUCCAAUCGCAGAUGCGAUCUGGGUCUAACCAUAGACCCCUCCUGUUCAAAUGCCACAACAAUUUAUCUCAUAAUAUCAAGUACUUCAGGUUCUUAAACUUCUGGACUAAACAAGCAGGAUUUUAUGAACUUGUUAGCGAUAUCUGGAACACCCAUAUUCAAGGAAACCCUAUGUGGAAACUUCAGCAAAAGCUUAAACUUUUGAGCAGGAAACUUACUCAAUGGUCCAGGGAUGACAUUGGGAAUAUUUACGACCAUUUUAACAAAUGGGAAGCAGAGGUGAAGUUGUUAGAAGAAAUUGACCAGGAACAAAAUACUGAACAGAGCAGAGAAAACUUAAACAAAUGUCAGGCCGAAUACAAUAGUUUGAAGAAGGAGACUGCAACACAAAGUAUUUUCAUAGCGUUAUCACAGAAAGGAGGAGGAAGCUUAAAAUACACAGAAUCAAAAACCACAAAGGAAAUUGGGUGUAUCACUGAUGAGGAGAAUGACAUCCUUGACUCUGUUCCAAUGGAAGAAGAGAUUAAAGAGGCUAUUUUCAGUAUCAGCGGGGAUAGUGCUGAUGGUCCUGAUGGUUAUAACGGGACCUAUUAUCAUAGAUGUUGGAACAUCAUUAAAUAUGACAUCAUUCAAUUUGUCCAGGCCAUCUUUAAUGGUAAACAUCUGACUAAGUUCUUCUCUCAUACGUGCCUUGUGUUGAUCCCAAAAGUGGAAGCUCCUGAGACUUUCUCUGAGUUAAGGCCUUUUAGCCUCAGCAAUGUCUCAAACAAGAUCAUCACUAAGAUCCUGUCAAAAAGGAUUAACUCACUCCUUCCCAAUUUAAUCUCUAACAAUCAGAGUGGUUUCAUCAAAGAUAGAUUGAUCACAGAAGAUGUCACUCUUGCUCAGGAGAUUGUUCAAGGUAUAAAGGGCCCCAACAAAGGAGGUAAUGUUGUGCCUAAACUAGACAUGGAAAAGGCAUAUGAUAGAAUGCAUGGUUUCUUUACAUCUUCACAGGGGCUGAAGCAAGGAGAUCCCCUCUCACCUUCCUUGUUCAUUCUGGGUUCUGAAGUUCUCACCAGAUCUCUUAACAAGCUUCAUGGAGAUGAUAAUUUCACUCCUUUUAACAUGCCAACAAGAGGUCCUCAAAUUAAUCAUCUCGCUUAUGCGUAUGAUAUUGUCAUCUUCACGGCAGGCAACAAUAAAUCCAUCAAGCUCAUCAUGAAUAAUAUCAAGAACUAUGGUAAGGCAUCCGAGCAAAAACUCAACGUCGAUAAGUGCUUCUUCGUUACAGCUCCUAAUACUAAAGCUGGAAGGAUAAAUAGAAUCAGGAGAACCACUGGCUUCAUGGACAAACAAUUUCCUUUCAAGUAUCUAGGAUACCCUAUCUAUACAGGAAGGAAGAAAAUUUGCUACUUUGAGGAGAUGGUUGCAAAGAUUGUUAAGAAAAUAAGCGGAUGGCAAGGAAAGAUGCUAUCGUAUGGAGGGAAAGUGGUUAUUAUUAAAAAUGUUCUACAAUAUCUCCCUCUAUACACCCUUUCUACAUUGUCCCCUCUACGCUUAAUCUCAUUGAGAAACACUUUGCUAGAUUCCUCUGGGGUUCCCAUGGUGAUAAGAACAAAUUUCACUAGAGCUCAUGGAAGAAACUACGCUUUCCAAAAGAAGAGGGGGGAAUAG